GAAGUUUAAGCUAUAGAUGCACUGUGGCGUAAAAGUUGGUUUUCUCUGUUUUCCAAUAUUAUAUUUUUCCAAGUGUGCUAACAUUCAUUCUGCUUGAGCAUAUUUCACUUUUGGCUUUAACUUGUAGUCUUCAUCCUGCAGCAACUAACUUAUUCUUGGCUAGAAGCUAGUUUGCCUAAAGAGGUAGCAUGGGAAAACUCUCAUCCUAUGCAUUUUGAAUCCGUCAUUACCAUAUGCAGGUGAUAAGUACAAGAGGAAGCCACUGUCAUCAGAAGAAAAUUAAAAGCACAAGAAAUACAAGAGCUUUUUAGGGUUCUAAACUUCUAAUUAAGAGUGAUAUUGUAAUCAGAAGAAAAUUAAAAAGUGGCAUCAAUAUAUCCGAUGCCGAAGUGAAGGGUUCACGAUGAUUCCGUUUGGUGUUAGGAGACGAGCUUGUCCUGCAGCUUAUUUAGGAAAAAGAAUGAUGGGAAUGGCAUAGGUGCCUUGAUUCAAAUCAGAAAAUGUCGUGCUAGAGUUUCUUGCUCUUGCGCCGGCGUGUUAGUUCAGCUUUAACCAAUGCAGGAACGAUGAGAAAAAAUUCCAAGAUAUCACGUUAAUCCCAAUAAAGAAAAGAGACUAAUCGACUAUAAGUUGAACUGUCCCAAACUUAGUAUCCAUAGCCAGAGAAAGUGAGUAUUCAGCCAGAGAAUUAAAGUGAGAGUAUUCAAAGGUGAAGAGAAAUGGCAAAUCCAAUUCCAGUGAUUGAUCUGAGUCAGUUUCCUGCUUCUGGUGAGUACGAUAAGCUUAGGUUAGCAUCAGAGGAAUGGGGUUGCUUCCGGCUUCUCAACCACAAGAUCCCAUUGCCUCUGAUGGCAGAGAUGAAGAUAGUGGUAAGAUCUCUCCUUGAUCUGCCCAUGGAGAUCAAGAAGAACAACACUGAUGUCAUAGCUGGCAGUGGCUACAUGGCACCGAGCAAGGUCAACCCGCUCUAUGAGGCUUUAGGUCUCUAUGACUUGGGCUCAUCUCAGGCUGUGCAGACCUUUUGCUCUCAGUUGCAUGCUUCUUCCUACCAGAGAGAGGUGAUCGAGAAGUAUGCAGGAGCAGUUUAUGAGCAGAUGGUGGAUAUAGGGCAAAAGUUGGCAGAGAGUCUCGGCUUGUGGAGUGGUUUUCUGAAGGGAUGGGCUUGCCAGUUUAGGAUCAACAAGUACAACUUCACUCCUGAAUCCGUUGGAUCUUCCGGAGUUCAGAUACACACAGAUGCGGGAUUUCUGACAAUUCUUCAAGACGAUGAAAAUGUUGGUGGUCUUGAAGUAAUGGACAAGUCUGGUGCUUUUGUACCAGUUGAUCCUUAUCCAGGCACUCUCAUUGUCAAUCUGGGAGACACGGCUAAGGCAUGGAGCAAUGGGAGGCUGUGCAAUGUCAAGCAUAGAGUUCAAUGCAGGGAAGCCACCAUUCGAGUCUCCAUUGCUUCAUUUCUGUUGGGACCAAAGGAGGAAGCAGUGGAAGCCCCACCAGAAUUUGUUGAUUCGGAUCACCCCCGUCUGUAUGUCCCUGUCACUCAUGAAGAGUACAGGAAGCUCAGACUUUCCAAAUACUUGCAUGCCGGUGAAGCUCUUGAACUUCUGCGCAUCAAGUCCUAAAUGGGGCUCUCUGUAGGAAAUGAACACAAAAUCAGUGAAGUAGGAAACUUUUUUUCUGUUCUUUUAUUCAAACAUUUAAGCCUAAUCGUUGUCAUUAAGCUUUUGAAAUAUCAAGAGGGUUUCUGUAUACAUGGCAGACUUUUGUGCUACCAUAAACAUAUUUCUACAGACAUGAACAAUUUCCU